GACUGGGGCUCUCGACUGGAGGAGAGUAGUCAAUAGUCAUGGAUUGCCAAGCUAGGAUUUGUGUUCUACCAAAGAAAACACUCGCACCAACACCAGUGCUGAUGUAAGAGGGGGGCGGACCAUAGUCCUUGGUUCUUAACUCUCGCGCUCGGUUCGCCUCUUGUUUCGACCCUCCGAUCUCCCUCUUCUUGCUUGUUGCUUCUUACCCUGGAAAAACCUGCACCUACCAAUACAUUUGCCGACUCUUUCCUAUUGUUUCCAGAAGCUUGACAUAGAAAGCUCCGUUACAAAGUGGAGUCGAAUUAAGUUUCAAUUUCAGGCAGAUGAGCUUCAAUUCAUCAAGAUGAGUACUUCGAAUUUGAGCUAAAGGGUGGAGUUUAAUUUACUUUUGUCCUUUAGUUGUGGAUAUUGCGAAUGAGGGAUAGCUAGCUCAAAGAUAAUAGGAUGGAAGAGGUUGCGCAAGAAUCGGGAGAAAUUUCUCCAAAAGCCUCUGAAAGGGGCAAGUUUGUUAAUGAAACUGGCAGAGGGGAAAGUGAAAGAGCAGAUUACAAGAUGCACAACGAGGGGGAUAAGCUGGAAAGUAAUCAGGUCUUUCAAGUGUUGAUUUCUGCAAGUACAGGCAGAACUUCUGAAGAGGAGAAUGAACCACGUGAUGAAGAAGACCAGUUUGAGCAGGUGUCCUUGAAAGAUCAAGAGAGGAAUAUGUCAGAUUCUUGGGGAAAUGUGGACUCAGUUCGGCCUUCUAACUUGGAUAACGUGAGCAUGUCAUCUGGUAAUGAGGAGGCAUCAGAAUCUUUUACUGAUAAACCUGUGUCACAGUUGGACAUUACUUUAGCUAGUGAGAUACAAGAGCAAGAUAAUUUGAGUUCAAUGUCUGAGAGACAAUCUGGGCGGGCUAUCAAACAUUCUUCUUCUUCAGCUAGUUUUGGUUCUUCCGCAGGUCUCUAUGGAGAAGCUGGAUGUUAUUCGUCUGUUGAUUCACCUACAAAAUCUAGACAUAGAGCUGUUGUGCCCAAUGUGUCCCCAGAACUCUUGCAUUUGGUGGAUUCUGCUAUUAUGGGGAAACAUGAAAGUUUGGAAAAACUUAAGGGUGUUGUAUGUGGCAAGGAGAGGUUUGGAAGUGGAGAGGAAAUUGACAUCAUGGCUGUGUUGGUAGUAGACUCACUUCUUGCAACUAUGGGUGGUGUUGAAUGUUUUGAGGAGGGUGAAGAUAAUAAUCCUCCUAGUGUGAUGCUGAACUCUAAGGCUGCCAUUGCAGCAGGUGAGCUUAUCCCUUGGCUUCCUUGUAAAGGUGAAAAUGAAGGUAUGAUGUCUCCCAGGACUCGUAUGGUUAAAGGACUGCUGGCCAUAUUAAGGGCUUGCACAAGAAACAGAUCAAUGUGCUCUGGGGCUGGUCUGUUAGGAGUUCUUUUAGGGUCAGCAGAGAAGAUCUUUCUUCAGGAAGUUGGUUCAACAGAACAGUUUCACUGGGAUGUUACACCUUUGUGCCAUUGCAUUCAGUACCUAGCAGCACAUUCCCUUAGUGUAGUUGAUCUGCAUAGGUGGCUUGAGGUCAUCACAAAGAUGUUAGGCACAGUUUGGGCAACCCGUUUGAUGCUUGCAUUGGAAAAGGCUAUGGGUGGAAAGGAAACAAGGGGUCCAGCAUGCACAUUUGAGUUUGAUGGUGAAAAUUCUGGGUUACUUGGUCCAGGAGAUGGCCGCUGGCCAUUUACCAAUGGUUAUGCAUUUGCAACAUGGAUCUAUAUAGAGUCAUUUGCAGACACUUUAAACACUGCAACAGCUGCGGCAGCCAUUGCUGCAGCUGCUGCAGCUAAAUCUGGGAAAUCCUCACCUAUGUCGGCUGCAGCUGCUGCAAGUGCACUUGCUGGUGAAGGUACGACACACAUGCCGCGGUUGUUCAGCUUCUUAUCUGCUGAUAAUCAGGGGGUGGAAGCAUAUUUUCAUGCCCAGUUUUUGGUUGUUGAAAGUGGUAGUGGCAGGGGAAAGAAAGCUUCCCUGCACUUUACUCAUGCUUUCAAGCCACAGUGCUGGUAUUUUAUUGGUCUGGAGCAUAUUUGCAAGCAGGGGCUACUUGGGAAAUCAGAAAGUGAGUUAAGGUUGUAUAUAGAUGGCACUUUGUAUGAAAGUCGUCCAUUUGAGUUCCCCAGGAUCUCCAAGCCUCUUGCAUUUUGCUGCAUUGGGACAAAUCCUCCUCCAACAAUGGCUGGCUUGCAACGGCGUCGUCGUCAGUGUCCACUGUUUGCUGAGAUGGGUCCUACUUAUAUAUUUAAGGAGCCUAUUGGUCCAGAGAGGAUGUUCCGUUUGGCUUCUAGAGGGGGUGAUGUGCUGCCUUCUUUUGGUAAUGGGGCAGGGCUACCAUGGCUAGCAACAAAUAACCAUUUACGGAGUUUGGCACAAGAAAAUGCACUUUUGGAUGCAGAAAUUGGAGGAAGCUUGCACCUUCUUUAUCAUCCUUAUUUACUGACUGGGCGUUUCUGUCCAGAUGCUUCUCCUUCUGGUGCUGCAGGAACACACAGAAGACCUGCUGAGGUUCUUGGGCAAGUUCAUGUUGCUACACGAAUGCGCCCUGCAGAGUCUUUGUGGGCCUUGGCCCAUGGAGGACCCAUGUGUUUGCUUCCCUUGACAGUAAGCAAUGUGCAACAGGAUAGCUUGGAACCACAACAUGGAAAUUUUCCAUUGUCUUCAGCCACAACUUCUCUUUCUGCUUCGAUCUUCAGAAUUAUUACCAUGGCUGUUCAACAUCCAGGAAAUAAUGAAGAGUUAUCUCGAACAGGGGGGCCUGAGAUUUUGUCAAGAAUCUUGAGCUAUUUGCUGCAAACUCUAUCUUCACUUGACCCUGGAAAACAGAAUGGAGUUGGAGAUGAAGAACUUGUUGUAGCAAUUGUUUCUUUGUGUCAGUCACAGAAAAGCAAUUAUGCUCUCAAAGUGCGGCUUUUUAGCACAUUAUUGUUGGACCUGAAAAUGUGGAGCUUAUGCAAUUAUGGUCUACAGAAAAAGCUUCUUUCUUUACUUGCAGAUAUGGUGUUCACUGAAGCAUCAGCUAUGCGAGAUGCAAAUGCUGUACAAUUGCUUCUUGAUGGUUGUAGGAGAUGCUAUUGGACCAUCCGUGAGAAGGACUCUGUUAAUACUUUUUCUCAGCAUGAGGCACCACGCCCCAUUGGGGAAGUGAAUGCUUUGGUUGAUGAGCUCUUAGUUGUUAUUGAACUCCUAGUUGGAGCAGCACCUCCUUCAUAUGCUGUUGGUUAUGUUCGUUGUUUGAUUGGGUUCAUUGUUGACUGUCCACAACCUAAUCAGGUUGCACGUGUGUUACAUCUAAUGUAUAGAUUGGUGGUACAGCCAAAUAUAUCCAAGGCUCACACAAUUGCAGAGUCAUUCAUAUCUUGUGGAGGGAUAGAAACACUUAUUGUCCUCUUGCAACGGGAAGCAAAAACUGGCGACUCUUUAUUAGAAAGUUCUGGCAGAAUGGAUGAUGAAAGUGUGUUGGGUCAGGGAUCUGGAGCACAUGCCGGUAAGAUUCAAGAAAGAGGUCAGGAUGCUGAUCUUGGAUCUAUUGGGGAAAAGGAGUUAGUUUCUCAUGAUGAAAGUUCCGAGUCACAGUCCUUUGACAGUGAAGGGCGUUUAUUUGCAGUUUCUGUGGGAACUAACAUUGAAAGAAUGACAUCUGCCUCUGAGCUCCAAUUUGUGAAGAAUUUGGGUGGUAUUAGUUUUUCAAUAAGUUCUGAGAGUGCAAGGAAUAAUGUCUAUAAUGUUGAUAAUGGUGAUGGAAUUGUUGUUAGGAUUAUCAGUCUUUUGGGUGCAGUAGUGACAUUGGGGCAUCUAAAAUUUGGUUCGCAUGCUCCUACAAAUAUGACAAGUAACAUUCCAGGUAAUGGGCUGCAUGAUGGAGGAGGUACGAUGUUUGAUGACAAAGUUUCUCUUCUACUUUUUGCUUUACAAAAGGCUUUCCAAGCAGCACCACAAAGGCUUAUGACUAGCAAUGUGUACUUAACUUUAUUGGGUGCAUCGAUAAAUGCUUCUUCAACUGAUGAUGGGUUAAAUCUUUAUGAUUCUGGCCAUCGCUUUGAACAUCUUCAGCUUUUGCUGGUUCUUCUCCGUUCACUUCCAUAUGCAUCUAGGUCAUUUCAAAUCCGGGCGAUACAGGAUCUUCUGUUUUUGGCUUGCAGUCACCCAGAAAAUAGAAUAAGUCUUACUAAAAUGGAGGAAUGGCCUGAGUGGCUUUUGGAGGUUCUUAUUUCUAAUUAUGAGAUGGGUUCAAGCAAAUUAUCAACUGGGGUGAACAUUGGAGACAUAGAAGAUCUCGUACACAAUUUCCUAAUUAUCAUGUUAGAGCAUUCAAUGCGACAGAAGGAUGGCUGGAAGGAUAUUGAAGCUACAAUUCAUUGUGCAGAGUGGCUAUCUAUGGUUGGUGGUUCUAGCACAGGAGACCUACGUACCAGGCGUGAAGAAUCAUUGCCUAUAUUCAAAAGAAGGCUCUUGGGUGGAUUGCUUGAUUUUGCUGCCAGAGAGCUGCAGGUGCAGACUCAAGUUAUUGCAGCUGCAGCUGCUGGUGUUGCAGCUGAGGGUUUGUCACCUAAAGAUGCCAAGGCAGAAGCAGAGAAUGCUACUCAGCUUUCCGUUGCUUUAGCAGAGAAUGCGAUAGUGAUUUUAAUGCUAGUUGAAGAUCAUUUGCGGUUACAAAGCCAAUUAUUUAUUGUUUCACACUUGGUGGAUGGACCUGGCUCCUCCACAUCAUCUUCUUCACCCAUUAUUAGCCAUUCAAAUUCAUUAUCUAGAACUCCUGGUGAAUCUUCAGAAGCUCUUAGUACUCAGAGAUCAUUAUCAAGUGAUUCUGCAGGCCUUUCUCUUGAUGUUCUUGCUUCCAUGGCUGAUGCAAAUGGACAAAUUUCUGCAGCAAUGAUGGAACGUCUUGCUGCAGCAGCAGCAGCAGAACCUUAUGAAUCUGUUAGGUAUGCCUUUGUGUCAUAUGGGAGCUGUGCUCUAGAUUUGUCUGAAGGUUGGAAGUAUAGGAGCCAGUUGUGGUAUGGGCUUGGCCUUUGCUCAAAAACCACCAUCUUUGGUGGUGGUGGCAGUGGAUGGGAAUGUUGGAAAUCUGCCUUGGAAAAGGAUGUAAAUGGAAAUUGGGUUGAACUUCCUUUGAUUAAGAAGUCAAUUACCAUGCUCCAAGCAUUAUUAUUGGAUGAAUCUGGACUUGGUGGUGGUCUUGGAAUUGGAGGAGGAUCUGGUACUGGAAUGGGAGGAAUGACAGCGCUUUACCAGUUAUUGGACAGUGAUCAGCCAUUCUUAUGCAUGCUUCGAAUGGUACUUGUCUCAAUGAGGGAGGAAGACAAUGGAGAAGAUGGUAUGUUUAUGAAUACAAGAAUUAAGGAUGGCAUAUCAGAAGGAUUACGUUGGCAAGCAAGCCAUACAAUGCCAUUAGAUAGCAAUACUCGUUUGUCUACAAGGAAGCCACGGUCAGCACUAUUGUGGAGUGUGCUUUCAUCUAUUUUGAACAUGCCAAUUUCAGAGUCUAAGAGGCAGAGGGUGUUGGUUGCAUCUUGUAUUCUUUAUUCUGAGGUUUGGCAUGCAGUUGGCAGGGAUAGGAGACCUCUUCGCAAACAGUACCUAGAAGCUAUUUUACCUCCGUUUGUUGCCAUUCUGAGGCGGUGGCGCCCACUUUUGGCAGGAAUUCAUGAAAUUACUUCCUUAGAUGGCCUAAAUCCCCUCAUUGUUGAUGAUCGUGCCUUGGCUGCAGAUGCAUUGCCUCUUGAGGCUGCUCUUUCUAUGAUAUCACCUGGCUGGGCUUCUGCUUUUGCAUCUCCUCCUGCUGCAAUGGCAUUGGCAAUGAUUGCUGCAGGUGCUGAUGGUGGUGAAACUGUAACACCAAUAACUACAAAGCUUAGAAGUGACUCAUCAUUGCUAGAGCGGAAGAUGAGACUUCACUCCUUCUCAAGCUUUCAAAAGCCUCUGGAGACAAGUAACAACUCCCCAGCUGUCCCUAAGGACAAAGCUGCUGCCAAGGCUGCUGCCUUGGCAGCUGCACGUGAUCUUGAGCGGAAUGCAAAGAUUGGUUCUGGAAGAGGUCUCAGUGCUGUAGCUAUGGCCACAUCUGCUCAGCGCAGGAGCUCAAGUGAUAUAGAACGUGUGAGGAGAUGGAAUGUAUCUGAAGCCAUGGGAACAGCCUGGAUGGAAUGCCUGCAAUCAGUUGAUACAAAAUCAGUCUCGGGAAAAGAUUUCAAUGCUCUAUCUUAUAAAUAUGUUGCAGCCCUUGUUACAAGUUUUGCUCUAGCAAGAAACAUUCAACGGUCAGAGAUUGACAGGCGCACCCAGGUUGAUGUUCUAGAUCAGCAACGAUUGUCAUCUGGAACUCAUGCUUGGCGCAAACUCAUCCACUGUUUGAUUGAGAUAAAUGGUCUUUUUGGACCAUUGGGAGAACAUCUAUCUAAUCCUAAACAUGUAUUCUGGAAGUUAGACAGUACGGAAAGUUCUUCUAGGAUGAGAAGAUGUCUUAGAAGGAACUACAAGGGGUCUGAUCAUUUGGGUGCAGCUGCUAAUUAUGAAGAUAAUCAGCAAAUUCAAGAAAAUCAGGAAAAUGCAAUAUGCCCUUCUACAACCAUUGUGCUGGCCGAAGCCAUUUCAAUGGAGGAAGUAAAUGAAGAUGAUGAAAAAAUGGACACUGAUAACUUGGAGGGUAGAACUUAUCACAUGGAUCAGAGUGGGGAUAAUCAACUAAGGCUGUCCACAGCGUCUGAUCAAUCUGUGCAGGCAAGACUGGAUUCUAGUGAUGCUCAAGUUGCUAAUAACCAAGAUUUAGUUCAAAAUCAAUCUGCAGUUGCACCUGGGUAUGUUCCUAGUGAACUUGAUGAAAGAAUUAUUAUUGAACUCCCAACAUCGAUGGUCCAGCCAUUGAAGGUUAUCCGAGGAACCUUUCAAAUAACCACAAAGAGAAUCAAUUUCGUAGUUGAUGAUCACAUUGACAAAAAUGCUGCGGAGAGUGAUUCAGGUUCCAGUUUCGAAAAUAGGUAUCGAGAAAAGAAUAGAAGCUGGUUGAUGUCUUCUAUUCAUCAAAUGUUUAGCAGAAGAUAUCUUUUACGGAGAAGCGCACUAGAAUUAUUUAUGGUUGACCGGUCAAACUUCUUCUUUGACUUCGGGAAUAUUGAAGGACGGAAGAAUGCUUAUCGAGCUAUUGUUCAAGCAAGGCCUCCUCAUUUGAACAACAUUUAUCUGGCCACACAGAGACCUGAACAACUUCUUAAGAGAACUCAGCUUAUGGAGCAGUGGGCCAGAUGGGAGAUUAGCAAUUUUGAAUAUCUGAUGCAGCUGAAUACCCUUGCUGGUCGUGGUUAUAAUGACAUCACACAGUAUCCUGUUUUCCCAUGGAUCCUUGCUGAUUACACUUCAAAGAAUUUGGAUCUCGCUGAUCCAUCUUGCUACCGAGAUCUUUCCAAGCCUGUUGGUGCUUUAAAUGCUGAUCGGCUAAAAAAGUUCCAAGAGAGAUACUCUAGUUUUGAUGAUCCAAUCAUCCCAAAGUUCCACUAUGGUUCACAUUACUCAAGUGCUGGGACAGUGUUGUAUUACCUUGUUAGAGUGGAGCCAUUUACAACCCUUUCAAUCCAGCUACAAGGCGGAAACUUUGAUCAUGCAGACCGGAUGUUCUCAGAUAUAGCUUCUACUUGGAAUGGUGUUCUUGAGGACAUGAGCGAUGUCAAGGAGUUGGUUCCAGAGCUAUUUUACCUCCCCGAGGUUCUAACCAAUGAAAAUUCAAUUGAUUUUGGCACAACACAACUGGGGGAAAAACUUGAUUCUGUCAGACUUCCACCUUGGGCUGAAAACCCUGUUGAUUUCAUUCAUAAGCAUCGUAUGGCUCUUGAGAGUGAGCAUGUCUCUGCACAUUUGCAUGAAUGGAUUGACCUGAUAUUUGGAUACAAACAGCGUGGAAAAGAAGCUAUAUUGGCAAAUAACGUGUUCUUCUAUAUAACCUAUGAAGGGGCUGUUGAUAUUGAUAAAAUUUCAGAUCCGGUACAACAACGUGCUACACAGGAUCAGAUUGCAUACUUUGGACAAACACCAUCCCAGCUUCUUACUGUGCCUCACAUAAAGAGGAAGCCAUUAGCAGAUGUUCUUCAUUUGCAGACCAUUUUUCGGAACCCCAAUGAGGUUAGACCAUAUGUGAUCCCAAAUCCUGAACGCUGCAAUGUACCUGCUGCUUCCAUUUAUGCAUCACCGGACUCUGUCGUAGUUGUUGAUAUAAAUGCUCCAGCUGCACAUGUUGCACUGCACAAAUGGCAGCCAAACACACCUGAUGGCCAGGGCAUGCCUUUUCUUUUCCAACAUGGGAAAGUCAUAGCAAGUUCCAGUGGUGGAGCAUUCAUGCGCAUAUUCAAAGGAUCAGCUGGGUCUAAUUCUGAAGAAUGGCACUUUCCACAGGCACUAGCAUUUCCAGUAUCUGGAAUCAGAAGCUCAGCUGUGGUUGCCAUCACAUGUGACAAAGAAAUCAUCACUGGUGGGCAUGUGGACAACAGUAUCAAGUUGAUAUCAACUGAUGGAGCAAAAGCCAUUGAAACAGCCAUGGGUCAUUGUGCUCCAGUGACUUGCCUUGGUUUGUCACCAGAUAGCAACUACCUUGUGACUGGGUCUCGUGAUGCAACAGUCAUAUUAUGGAGGGUACAUUGGGCAUCCACAUCACACUCUAGCAACAUUUCAGAGUCUUCCUCUGGGUCUGGCACACCCACCUCUUCGAGCACUGGUAACCUGGCACACAUUAUCAGAGACAAUAACUGGAGACGCCGUAUUGAAGGCCCUAUACAUGUACUGAGGGGCCAUCUCAGGGAAAUAAUUUGUUGCUGUGCCAAUUCCGAUCUCGGAAUUGUUGCAUCAUGUUCUUACUCUUCAGAUGUGCUGAUCCAUUCUAUACGGAGUGGCCGAUUGAUCAGGAGGUUGGUUGGGGUGGAGGCACAUGCUAUUUGCCUUUCUUCUGGAGGGGUUAUAAUGACCUGGAACAAAUCAGAGCAUAGUCUCAACACCUUCACCAUCAAUGGGGUUCCAAUUGCCUCAGCAAAACUAUCACCUUUCUGUUGCACUAUUAGUUGCAUGGAGAUUUCUGUUGAUGGAGAAAAUGCUAUAAUUGGAGUGAAUUCAUCUUCAGAGAAAGACAACAUCUAUGAUAGCAGAAAAAGUUUGCAAUCAAACGAGCAUGAGAUCAGUGAUCUUGCUAUGGAGUCAACUGAUGAGAACUUAAACAAGUUGACAGUUUCAAUGCCUUCUAUUUGCUUCCUGGAUCUGCAUACUCUGAAGGUAUUUCAUGCACUGAACCUGAGAGAAGGGCAAGACAUAACCACUCUGGCUCUGAACAAGGAUAACACUAAUCUUUUAGUGUCAACAUCAAACAAACAGUUGAUAGUUUUUACUGAUCCAUCUUUGAGCUUGAAGGUGGUGGAUCAAAUGCUUAAGCUUGGAUGGGAAGGAGAUGGGCUUAGCCCUCUCAUAAAAUAAAUGUCUUAAGCCAUUCAGUUUUAAUUGUAUAUAAGAUUUGUCAUUAGCGGGAAUUUUCAAGGGCGCCGCAUUCAGACAACUUGGGCCAAAAUUCAUCAGGCACUGAACAUUGAGAAUGUCAAAUGUGUAUAUACCAGUGGAACAACUUUGUGUCACACAUGCUAUUUUGUACAAAAAUUUUUUGACUAAAUUGAGUUGUAAAUUUGGGCCUUCAGCUACCAACCAAAGGGGAAAAAAUUGGCCUAUAGUUGUUUACAGGUCAUGUAUUUAUUGUUGUAUCCUCCAAUAUUCUCUUAGAAUUUGAAAUGAAAAUUCUAGAUUUCCCUUUGUAUUUUAUCAACUGUGCCAAGGUCUCUUAAAAACAUAAAUUAUUAAAUAUGGAGAUUAAUUUUGGUUCCCAUACACUAAAGAUAGCUGUGCAACAUUGUUCAGACUCGCAGUUGAAGUUACGGUGAAUUCUGUAAUGGUCAAGGAUCCAGCAAUGUCUGCCGCAAUUAUUCUAAGUGAGGAAGAGGUCAGAGUUUCAAGGCGGAUAGCCUCACCCAUCAAAACUACGACGAGACCAAGAUCAUAUUGUUCCAAUUUCCAAAUUUCCGGUCUGUAAAUGGGCUUAUUGAUUUAAGAGAGAUGGAUAUGUUUUUACUGCCUAGGUACAUUCUUCAAUUGGUACUUGGUAGUUCAUUUCUGAAGAAUUAUAACCAUUUUACUUUUAAGC